AUGGCAAAACUACUCUUGGGUUUGCUCCUUGUCCUUGCUAUUAUAGGGACAACGUCGGCCAAUAACUGUGAUAAAGAUGCGGAAGCCAUGAAGCAGGAGUGCAAGAAGUUCGAGGAGUUCCCCGCGAACCCAAAGUUGGAACCGUCGCCGGCAUGCUGCGCUGUGUGGCAGAGGGCGGACAUCCCAUGCCUAUGCAAAAGGGUCACCCCGGAAGCAGAGAAGUUGUGGUGCAUGGAGAAGGUCGUGUACGUCGCCAACUACUGCAAGAAGCCCUUUACACCCGGCUACAAGUGCGGGAGUAAGCUAACACUCUGCAUAUAUACGUACAACUAUCCAGGUUAUACGGUUCCUAAAAGCCUGUAA